AUGAUGAUGCCAGCUUUCACCCAAGCCCUUUCCAUACUUUUCCUUGUCCUUGUUGUGCAUCAGCCAAAUUUCACCGCUGCCUUUCAUGUCCCAGAAGGUUCCACGACCACCACCGCCGCAGGUAUGAUUAGCAGAGGAGGAGCUACCGAAAAGGGAGUUCUUCCGCCCGGCAGCACAUCAUCACACAGAUUCUUCAAAUCACGGAAACCUUCCACCACCACUACCUUGAAGCUCUCUUCUCAGCAGCCUGCUGGUGGUGGUGGUGGUGAUGGUGGUGGUGGUGGUGACGCGAUUACUGUCAUAGAUCGGGACUUUCGAGUUGCCAGCAUUUUCUUGUUGGGCGCCGUUGGAUUUGCCCAAAUUCCCAUUUUGAAAUUCGUACUGGCUCCAGUCGCGGGUCUUUUGGGAGUCUUGUUUUUAGUACAAACCUUUCGGUUGCAAUUUGUGUGCGACGCUCAAGCCUUUGAACUUUUGAACACUUCCAAGGCAUCAGGAGAAAACAUUCUGGUGGGUGGACAAAAUCGAUGGACGUAUAAUUCUUUUGUGAAUUACGAAUUCUUUCCCAAGGGCUGGAUUGAUCAACCACAGGGACCUAUCUUGGUGUAUUUCAAAGAAACUCAAACUCCAAAGGAUCAAUGGGAAAAGGGUCCAGGUGCUGCUGCAAAUUCGGAACAAGCGAAAGAAAAGGGAGCGGUUCCUGGGCAAGCUCACUUUUUCCCUGCCUUGUGCAACACUCAACAAUUGCGAGCGGAAUGGGAAAAGAGAGGUUGUUCCAAACUUGAAUAA